CUAACAGUGCUGAAUGAAUUCAUUCUCAUGGGAAUCACAGACUGCGGUGAGCUGCAGGCUCCAUUAUUUGGACUCUUCUUUAUCAUCUACCUGAUCUCAUUGGUGGGCAACUUGGGCAUGGUCAUCCUCACCAAGAUGGACUCCAGGCUGCAAACACCCAUGUACUUCUUUCUUAGACACCUGGCUUUUACUGAUCUUGGUUAUUCAACAACCGUGGGACCCAAAAUGUUAACAAAUUUUGUUGUGGAUAAAAAUGCAAUCUCCUAUUAUUUUUAUACUACACAAAUAGCUUUCUUUCUUGUGUUCAUUAUUAGUGAAGUUUUCAUUCUGCCAGCAAUGUCCUAUGACCGCUAUGUGGCUGUCUGUAACCCUCUCUUCUACACAGUCAUUAUGUCACCAAGGCUAUGUCACGUGCUGGUGGCAAUCCCCUAUCUCUACAGCACAUUUGUUUCUCUUCUAGUCACUAUAAAGAUUUUUAAUAUAUCCUUUUGCAGCUACAAUAUCAUUAGACAUUUCUACUGUGACAGUCUCCCUUUGUUAUCUUUGCUCUGCUCAAAUACGCGUGAUAUUGAAUUGAUUAUUCUGAUCUUAGCAGGUUUUAAUUUGACUUUUUGCCUUCCCAUACUUCUUGUGUCUUACUUGCUCAUCCUUCUAGCCAUUCUCAGGAUGAACUCUGCUGAAGGUAGGCACAAGGCUGUUUCUACCUGUGGAUCCCAUCUGACAGUGGCCACCGUGUUCUAUGUGACUUUGAUAUUUAUGUAUGUGCAGCCGAAGUCCAGUCAUUCCUUUGACACUGAUAAAAUGGCUUCUAUAUUUUACACGCUGGUUAUCCCCAUGUUGAAUCCCUUAUCUAUAGCUUGA